AUGAGUGCCGGUGUAGUGAGGACACAGUUCAGAACGAUUGAGAACAACUCUCUAUCUAAUCUUCAAGAGAUUUCUUCGACAAUCUCUCAUAUGAUAUCAUGGGUCGGGUUAAUGGGAGCUGAUGAAGAGAAGCUCCAACAACCAAUUGACUGGGUUACUCAAAACUCUCAAGUUAUAACCUUUGAUCAAGAGAAGCUUGCUCAUACAUUCCCUGUUUUGAUAAGAGAAGGGGAAGAAGCCUACGCUUGGCACGAAGAAGUAGCUAUAAAGACAAGGAUGAAGAUGCUGAGGGCUCGUGGCUACUACGCAAGUUCCAACGACUACAACACUGAGGCCCUCGGUGAAUUUUGUAGAACUCUGGGGGCUAUGACACAAUUGAGGAAAAAGUCGAUGCCGGCCCUAUCCACCCCUAACCUUGAACAUAAUGAUUGUAACCUAAUAGAGAGGUUUAAGAGGCUGGCACCCUCAACUUUCUUAGGGCAGGGAAGUGUAGAGAAAGCUGAGAGGUGGUUGAUGCAAGUCGAAAAGAUUUUUGAAGUUUUACAGUGCUCUGAUGAGCUGAAGUUGAGAUUAGGUGCCUUCAUGUUAGAAGGGGACGCCGAACAUUGGUGGCAUUCGGUCCAGCAGGACUGGAAGGAUGAGAUAAUACCAACUUGGGAAGGAUGUUUGGAGGCCUUCAGCAAAAAAUAUUUCCCUGAAUCAGUAAAAGAAAGGAAGGAGGUUGAGUUCAUAGAACUACAACAAGGGAAUCUAAUCGUUGAUCAGUAUGUGGCCAAAUUUUUAGAGUUAUCCCGAUAUGUGCCACAUAUCAUGAAUAUGGAGGCUAGAAAGGCGAUCAAGAAAGUGGAAAAAGAUUGUGAUGACCACCGAUUGAGGAAGGAGAAGCAAAGGACAGGGCCUCCACCCUUUGGGGGUCCACAAGAAAAGGAAAGUCGAAGGAAUGGCAAGGCCCAAAAGAUCUCCCCGGGCGAUGUCAAGCAGAGCCAGCUCAUAAUUAUACCUCUUGUGGGAAGCGACGCCAUGUGGCUUCUGAGUGCUGGUUAA